ACAGCAGACAUGGCAGAAGCGGAGGGUCCGGAUCCGGAUCUGGACGGGGAUCCAGUGAUUCCCGCCGCUCGUGUGGCUCGCGCUCCCCGGGUGUCGUUUGGGGAGUCGGCGCAGCCCGCCGUCGGUAUGGUUGGCCAUCUGUUUGGUCAGCAGCCGUCUCUGAAGUUUGACAAGAACAUCAAGCAGGCCUUCUACAACACGGGCGCCAUGAUCUUCGUGGCGAUUUGCUGCGGCGCCGCGGUGCUGGUGUACUUCAUCCUCGAGGCGUUCCUGCGGCCGCUGCUCUGGGCCGUGCUGUGCGGAACCUUCCUGCACCCGUUCAAGCACUCUCUGGCGCGCGUGGGACGCUCGUGGCUCAGCGGGCUCCGGGCCAGCGGCACGCCCAUCGUGCUGGGGACACUGCUGGUGCCGGUCCGCUGUGUGAACCACGGUGUAGAGACUCUGGGCGCUCUGCUGCUCGAGCGACUCAAGGUGCUGCUGGUGAUCGGGGCCGGUGCGCCGCUCCUCUAUUUCCUCUAUCUGUUCUGGAGCGUCAUCGGCAUGCAGGCUGUGCUCGAGCACCUGUGUGACGUCAUAUGCCACGUGCUUGACUACUUCAGCACCUUAUGGGUUGGAACGUUAGUGGUGGGUUAUGUGCUGGCCGUGGUGUUUAAGUGGACACCGGGUAUGGAGGGGUACCUGCGUGCCAUGUCUGUGCCAAUUUGGACGGUUCUUAUAUUCUACCUGGUGUCUCUGGCAGGAGCCUGGCGAGUGCCCAUGUUUGUCUUGGCGGUCAUUCUGCUAAUAGUGGGCUCUCAGGAGAAAGCACCUGUACCAGGAAAAGGGGAACUGCCAGGACAGGUCCUUUCCUUUGCUGCUAACACUAUCUACAUGGCCAUUACCUGCAGUAACCACUGGCCUGUGGCUGAGAAUGAUGGAGAGAGCGAUGCCAAAGCACCAUCUAAAGAUGACUCUAAAACGAGUGAGGUGUUCACCACGCCACUGCGUCCCCGCCCGGAUUUCCAUAGUCUUGCGCACAAGGAGAAAGCCAGUGAUAUCUAUUUUGUGCUGCUGGUGUGGGCCAUUGUGCUGGUGCAGAUCUGGCUCAACCUCUGGAUCCUGCAGCUGUUGCCCAUCCCCUUUGCUGUGUGGGUAAUUAAGAGGUUGGUGGUGCAUUUCGGGGUGAAGAAUUUCGCCGAGCGGACAUUGGCAGCGUGGUGGGUGGUGCUGGAGAGGUUUAUCAGAGACAGACAGGAUGCUCUGCUGCCUGGACCAAUCAAAGGACUCGCACAGUUUCUACUGCGGGUUGAUACCAAGCUCUGGCAUUGGCUUAACAAGCAGAUGAUCAUAUGGUUGGAGAAAUCUCUGGAUAAACUCAUCAGCAUCUUCAUCAUCUUUCUCCUGGUCACAGGGACACUCCUCAUGGCCCUCUUGCUCACUGCUAUGGUGCAUCAUGAGAGCGCUCAUAUCAUAGAGGUCACCAGCAACCUGAUCAACGAGACUCUUGCCAACCACCCUGAGUGGGCCAACUGGCUUCCAGAGGCUCGUGUUGUCCAGAAAGCUCUUAACUCGGCAGCUACGAAUGUGUACCAGCAUGGGAGAGAGUGGAUCACGCAAAAGCUCCAGAAGAUGCUUGGUGAGAAAGUGAACAACACGGCAGUGAUCGAGAAGCAGGUCCUGGAGCUGUGGGACCGACUUUACCACUCAUGGUUUGUCAAGAACGUAACGUACAGCGGACGCCACCGUGGCCAAAAGCAAAGUAUGCAGAGGCAGAACAGCUGGCUGGGAGACAUACUGGACUGGCAGGAUAUUGUCUCCUUCCUGCAGGACAACAUUGAAACACUGCUAUCGAUUGUGGAGUCUCUAUGGGUUGUGAUGAGCCGGAAUGUCGGUUUGCUGAUCUCCACAACAACUACGCUACUCACUGUACUGUUCCACAGCGGCACGGCACUGCUCAACUUCGUUCUGUCACUGGUGAUUUUCCUGACAACACUGUUCUACUUACUGAGCUCCAGUGGUGAGUACUACAAGCCUGUUAAAUGGGUGAUCAGUCUCACACCCCUGUCCCAGCCUGGACCUUCAUCCAACAUCAUCGGCCAGUCUGUGGAGGAAGCCAUCAGAGGUGUGUUUGAUGCAUCUUUAAAGAUGGCAGGAUUUUACGGCCUCUACACCUGGCUUACACACACCAUCUUUGGCAUCAAUAUCGUCUUCAUCCCCUCAGCGCUGGCAGCCAUUCUUGGUGCCGUGCCGUUUUUGGGGACGUACUGGGCAGCGCUGCCUGCUGUGCUCGAUCUGUGGCUGGCACAAGGUGAAGGUGUUAAAGCCCUGCUGCUGCUCUUCGCACACCUGCUGCCCACCUACUUCGUCGAUACGGCCAUUUACUCAGACAUAUCAGGUGGGGGUCAUCCUUAUCUGACAGGCCUAGCUGUGGCUGGUGGAGCAUACUGUUUGGGUUUAGAAGGCGCCAUCAUAGGCCCGAUCCUGCUCUGCAUUCUGGUGGUAGCGUCCAACAUCUACAGUGCCAUGCUGAUGAGCCCGAGCAGCAGCCAACCUACGCCAGUGCAGAGCAACUUCCCUCAACACCUGGGCAGGCCGUUCCUGGACUCUCCUUUGCUGCUGAAAAGAGCGAUCGAGUGAAAGAAAUCCAAGCUGCUUUCCCAGCUGCUCUACUGUUACUCGACCCUCGCUCCUCUGAGUCUGGAACCUCCUCCAAAAGGACACAGAAGUCUCAGGCACUUAAACUGCACCUGGAGGACCGAUGAGCUCCAGAUCAGCUUCGGAUCAGCUCCGGAUCAGUGUUUAUAAAAUGCUAUUGAUCUCCCACGACUGCUCGGCGAUAAUGCUAAGCUUCCCGAGCCUGGGUUCUCUGUGUGCAAUAUUAUUUACACCGCUAACCCCUGAGCGCAAAAGUUCAGUUAGCAGCAUUGCGUUUCGUCUAGCAUAGCGGCUACAAACUCAACUAGCGCUCUGAUUGUUAGGGUAACUGUUUACACACAGCGCUUGACUGUAAAUCUCACGACUGCUACGUCUUCACUGUCUUUGUUACGGUUGCAGUUUUUCAUUUGAGUUUUUUUUUCAUGUUAAUGAAGUGUUUCUAUAAUAUAACGUGAAAACUUUUACCCUGCUGUGUACAGCACUGACGAGCGUGUGUGUAUGUGUGUGCGGGAUUGCUACUUUCUGAUAAUUAUUUGAAAGUUAAACAGUUCUUGAUUAGUGCACGAGUAGUUUUUAAGUCUUAUCACAAAUCAUAACUCCAUAAGCACUACUCAUGUACACACGGUUGUGUUUGAGGCCAUGUUUUUAAUAUCUUGGUGAGGACUAAAUCCCCACAAUGACAGGAAUAUCGGACCUUGUGUGGACAUUUAGCUGGUUCCCACAAGAAAAAACACUUUUAUUAAAAAAUGUAAUUAAAUAAAUGAGCAUCUAUUAAAAAGAAACAACAACAACAACAACAAAAAUAGCCUAACAGUUUCCUUUUAGGUUACUGAGGUUAAGGUUAGUGUUACAUUUAGGUGUAGCAUAGCCUUAAUUAAUAAUGAUCUCAAUGGAUGGUCCUCAAGUAUAAUAAGAAAGUGUGUGUGUGCUUGUGAUUGAGAGAAAGAGCACACACACACACACACACACACACACACACACACACACACACACCCACCCCUUUGCCUUAUCUUCCCUGAUUCAUUCCUCUGACUACACUAAACACUUCUAAGUGAUGACUUUGUCACCAAGUUGUGUGCUCAUGGAAUACAUAAUCUCUCAAUUCUUCUUUUUAUUUAUUUUCUGUCCCAUACAUCAUCGUGCGCUUUUUCCUGAGUCAUUGCUGGAACUCAUUUUGAUUGACAUGCGUGCUUUUUCAUGCGCUGCUUAAUAUGAGCAAAGCUCCUGCUCCUAGCUGUCAGCAAGCAGUGUCAUUACUCACAGGUGAAGUUUGCUGAUGGUUUAGCAAGUGGAGGAGUGGAGGGAUAAACUUAAUAGAAGAAAUGGAGAACUUUUUAUUUAUUUAUUUAUUUAUCGUUUUAUACAGACUGUGUCGGGAGAACUGCGGAUGCAGAAAGACCAAAGACAGAUCCAUGCUCAUGCGCACAUACUGUAGCUAGAAUUUUAAAGCGUAUUUGUUUUGAUAUGUCGAUCGAUUAUGUAGCACUGACGGAUAUCCUUCUAGUCUAGUUUCGAAUUGAUCUUAUAGUAGGAUAUUCUGCUCACUCAGGAAGUGAUGGUUACGAUUUGACGGAAUUUGGUCGAACACCAAAUGAGAGCUUUAGUAGUAAACGGUAAGUUAGUGAUUUCUGGUUUAUUGAGCAGAACUGCCUGUGUUGUGUUCCUUGGAAUGAUUUGACGUAUUCCUUCUGAAAUGGUGUCUAGCCAUUAAUAUAUAUUUUUUUACUUUAUUCAUUAUACUACUACACUAUUAAAACGAUUUAAGAAAAUG